GAUCUUGUAAACAAACCAGUCCCGGCAUUGCCAAUGAGAAUAAUUAAAAAUAAUUAAUAUUUUAGAAUUGUUAUAAUUUGGCAAAUAAUGAACAAAUAUUCUGGAUUCAGCGAUUUGUGUGUGCCGUUCACUAGUUCAGUGAAAGAUAUGAAGGAAAUUCUGAAAGAGCUUCAAGAAUUAGGAUACAAAAAUGUAGCAAUCGAGCAAGUGUACGAUCAUGUAAAUCAUCCUGGCGAUAAGAAAAACGACCCUAUUCCUGUAGCAGCAGAUUUGAAUAUAUUCAACAAGGACCUCAAAGGGCAUCUUCGGUUACUGAACCGACUAACCAUUAUAUACGCCGAUAGUAGCGUAACGCUGGUCACGAAUCGUUCAGCAAAUCUCCGACGGUAUAAUCUGGUGUCCGUUAUACCCACCACGGUAGAUGCUUUCCAGCAUGCCUGCCAAACGAUGCACUGUGACAUCGUCUCAUACAACUCUGACACCGUGCGGGGUAAGAUGAGCCGAAAGUUUUAUUUCCUGGCCGUGAGUAGGAACAUAAUGUUCGAGAUUAAGUACGGACCGGCAAUCGUUAAUUCCAACGACCGAAAAGAUGCCAUCAAUCGAGCUCACCGGUACCACUCAUAUGGUAAAUCGAAAAACGUCAUUAUCACCAGCGAAGCAAAAAGUCGGUUUCAUGUUAGGGGACCCUAUGAUGUAGCCAAUUUGGGUCUUAUUUUUGGUCUUAGCGAGGAACAAUCGAAGAACGCCAUCUUGGGAGCACCUAGAAAGAUUCUUAUUGCGGCUGAAGCACGAAGACUCGGUAAGGCAGGUCUUACUAUUAGUUACCGCAAGAGUGGAGUUGACAGCGACGACUAUUCUGAUUCGGAGUUGUCGGAAGAAAUAGAUGAUAAUGAGGAGGAGGAAGAAUCAGGUGACGAAGAUGAGCCAAUGCCAGAUGAAGCCACGGUCGAACCACCAAGGAAGAUGGCUAAACAUGAUAAACUUUGAAGUUUGUUAUUCAAAUUGUUACUUUAUUACACAAUUCAUUUGCAUAGAAGUAGCUGUAUCACAGACCCGUAAGCUCUGAUUGAAAUUUAAUAACAGUCAAUUAGAGGCUUGGAUCUUUCAUUUGAAAUGAUGUUUGUAAAAAUCGGUCACGAAUUCACUGAGACGUAGGUGUGACAAUAACUUGAGAACUUUAUAAGUUCUCCAGAGGCAUCAAUAACCAUCAAUGGUGUCCAAUGUGGUCAAAGCUAGUUUGGUUGGUCAUUAGCGAUCUAUACCCGCAAAUCUAAGUAACGUUGCAUCUAAUAUAUAUGUAUUGCAUCAUUUGGAUAUCUUGGCGGUGCUAGUUCAUAUAUCUGUAUGACCGCACUAUUCAACCGUUAACUACAGAACCGGAAGUCAACUUAAAAUACA